AUGGGGAUAAAAGGCUUGGCUAAACUAAUAAAAGAAUUUACCCCUCAAGCGGUCCAGAGGGAACCUGACUGGAGUGGGUACACAGACAAGGUCGUGGCUGUAGACGCAUCCUUCAGUCUCUUGCAGAAGCUCAUUUCGUGGGACCAACAUUCCAAAACAAUCAAGGAAGAAACCACUCAUUUGGUAGCCAUCUUCUACGCCUGCUCACAUCUUCUGCGGCAUGGCGUCAAACCUGUGUUCGUGUUCGACGGAGUAGCAUCAAACAGAUACGUGAACCUGUCGGAGGAAGUUGCAAGAAUAUUUACGAAUGAUCAGCUGGGUCCUUCAAAAGAAAAGAAGAAGCAUAUCGGACUUCUUGCUGAAGCGAUUCAGGCUAUAAGGGAAACAAAGAUAGUCGACACAGGGUACAAAAACCCUGUGAAAGAGGCCAAGGAGCUGUUGAGGUUGAUGGGAAUUCCUUACUUGGAAGCACCAGAAGAGGCUGAAUCUCAAUGUGCAGCUUUGGUGAAAAGUGGGAAAUGCUUUGCCACAGUAACUGAAAAUAUGGAUGCACUUACUUUUGGGUCGCAAAAGAUUAUUCGUAAGUUGUCUUUCAAAGCUAAAAGUAAAGUUCCAAUUCAGGAGUUUGAUCUGACAGAAAUUCUGAAAGGGUUACAAAUUAGUUAUAAGGAGUUUGUAGACCUGUGUAUUCUUCUCGGAUGUGAUCAUUGUGAUAAAAUGAAACUCGACCGAAAUACAACUUUGGAAUUGUUACAGAAGUAUAGGUGUGUUGAAGAGGUCUUGAGAAACAUAGAUGGAACCGUGAAAUUUCCUUUUCACUGGACGACUCUGUACCCAACGUAUGAUGAUGCUAGGUCAACGGCCCACCUCCCACCCUCCCCACCACAGAGGCUGCAAGAUAUCAUUCUCGGAGGACCUACCAUCAGGUGCAAAAAUGGUUAUGGGUUGAUAAAAAACCGUGUGACUGGGGAUGGGCCACCACCAUUGAGCAAGGUCUAA